AUGACUCCCACCCCAGCCGCCUCGCAAACCAUAACCGCCGCCCACCUCAAGCGCGACGACGCCACCACCGCCGUCGACGAAUCCGCCGCCGCAGCCCUCCUCUCCUCCUCCAUCCAAUCCGUCCUGGCCACCGGCCUCCCCCUCUCCAUCCUCUCCCUCGCCGCCACCAACCCAGCCGCGGCAUCCAGCUGGAUCGCCUCCGAGGUCCUCGUCCUCCAGCAAACCGCAACGACCACCACCGUCCCCACCCCCUCCUGGUACCGCGCCCUCCCCACCGACGUCAAGGCCUACCUACUCGCCGCAGCCGAAUCCAUGGUCGCGGCGGCUGAGGUGGCUGCCACCGCUACCGGCACCGCUGCUGCUGGCUCCUCGACCUCCUCGUCAGAAAGCGAGACGAGUACGUCAACAGCAACAGAUCAAAAAUCCUACGCCAUCGCCGCCGCGUACACCAUGUCCGGCCCUGCCAUCGCGGGCGUCCUGCUCGGAUCGGUAGGGUUUGUGGGGGCCUGCGGCGCGCUGUUCGCGUGGCGCGCGCGGCUGGGCUGGUUCAAUCAAUUAGCAAGACGGCCGAGCGGCGAGGUCGAGGGGUACGAGCGCGCGGCCAGCCGGGCGGCGCUGAGAAGGGAGUUUAAGGGGAGUAGGUUGGAUGUGGAUGUUAUUGUGGAGGAGCAGCAGGGGCAGGGGGGUGGGGGGAUGGAGAUGGGGGAUAUGGGGGGGAAAGGGAAGGAUGGAAGGGGCGUGGGUGGAGCGGAGGGGGAGGGGGAGGGGGAUGGGAGGGUGCCGGCGGAUAGGGAGAGCGUUGUUACGGCGUUGCCGAGGUAUCGGCCGUCUAUUUUGGGUAAUGCGGCGGGGUGGAAGGCCGGGUGGCCGAGUGCGUGGAUGUCGGGGAGGUAG